AUGGCGCUUAGAUUCGUCGUGGCUUCUUCAGGUUCUGAGAACCGGGCAUUGAAUGAGGUGCCCACAUUUCUUACGGAUGAUGAAAUCUUGGGUAUUGUAUACUUUACCUCGCAUGGUGAUAUUGACGGGCUGUUCGAAGCAGUUAUCGAGAUACGACUAACUGGUCAUGUCAAUACCUCUAUAUUGUGGGCAGAAAAUGGUGUCCCUAAUACCGAUACAAGAAGCUUAGGAUAUCGCCAAAAGAUUGUAGAUGUCGUUCAAAGAUAUGACGUUCGAAGAAGACUGCACUCACCCUCGCCUUGCUCGAUCGAUAUAUGCCACUUCCAAAUACCGCUUGCGCUUAUAGCGGCUCCUGAUGACAACUCACAUGCUGACAGAUGCGACAACCGUGGACAACUGCCAUCGUCACUUGAACAAAGGACAUCAACAGCGCUGGAUUGGAAGAGCUCGGCACCAAAGACUACCGCGUCCGUCUCCUACACAUUGAAUGCCGACCUCUGGCGUGGCAAUGUUCUGCUCGUCUCACACUCUCAGAAAGUUCGAAUAUUCAACUGUAGCGAAAUUGCUCCGCCGUUAUGUCUUGGAGAUUUUGGCAAAGAGUACAGCAAUUGCCAAGAGAUCGUAAUGCGGAAGAAACUUAUCCACAAAAUCGGAAAGAUGUCGAUCAAAGCGACCCAGCCGGAUGCUUUGAUAUUCAGCGGACCUGACGCCUCAGCAACAACCAAAGUAUUGCUGCAACUCAGACUGCAAACAAUAUAUGAUCCAGGUGAAGGCUGUGAAUCAGGUGUUUUCGAGGCUGCAAUCAAGUGGAGAUUGCGGUCGUCAACCUUUGUCUGCAUGCAUAUGCAAGCCGCAACUCCUACAAUAGGACAGCUUACAAGGUCACCUUCAAUGGGGUGCAUAAAAACAUCCUCCGCGACUCAUCAUUUGAAGAUGAUGUGGUCGGAUUGGAGACCGACGAAUUCAGCAGACCCCGACUCUAGAGAAUGGACGGCAACGUACCCACUGUGGCUCUCAAUAAAGAGUUCACCAGCACUGCCACCAACAUUUUCACUUCCCUACCUCUCGAUGAGGUACAGCAUCGCGAUAGAAAUCAGCAUAUCCGGUCAGUGGCAUUCAAAGGCGACCUUGACGCUACCGGUACAAGUCACCUACCAGAGCAAAGCCAUCCCCUCACAAUGUCUUCUCCAAUCGAGUCAGUCAUGUACAACUGAGGGUCCUAUCGGUGGGGUAGCGCUGUCGGCCAGCACCAAUGGUCAAGAAUUGCCCCCGUAUUUGGCGUGA